AUGGUCAAUAAGGCUGCUGACAGGUACCACAGCGACCCGGAUUAUCGGUUCUUGCACGACCGGGUUUCUGAUCUUAUGGCAGAGUGCUUGAAGCAUGAUAUCCAACAAUUCAACCAGCAUCAGCAGCAGCGUCGUGAGCAUGGCCAAAAGAAAAAGAAGAUGAAGAAGUUGGAGUUCAACAUAACCGAUGCGGCUGAUUGCUUCCGAUUCGUGCCGCCCCCUAUGGACCAACUGCUGUAUGAAACCGUUGCGAGGAAUGUUUUCUCGCCAGGAGAAUCCCAAUCAGAAUUUUCGAACCCAAUGUCUCUGCAGCGGCUGCUGCGGAAAGAGAUUUUGGUGCCCUUGAGACAAGCCUUGGCGCCAGAAGACGAAGAAGGUGUCAACAAGUGGGGUUAUUAUCAACGUCUGGUGUACGACGGAGAGCCCGAUAUCUCUGAUGUACUCUCUGCCUCUGCGGCUCGCAAGUAUAUGGUGGCACUGAAAAAUGCCAUUGCCGCGGCCGACUCCAAGUCCGAGUCCGUGUCCGAGAACAUGAUUAAUGCCGGUGCUGUGCUUCCACACUGGAUCGUACGCUACGCCGUGGACAAAAGUGGUGGAUUCGAGCGAGCGGCUGAGCUUCAGUGGAAGAGAAUGGUGGAGGACGUGUACAAAAAGCAGGGGAGGCUGAACAACUGCUUGGCCGUUUGUGACGUGAAGGCGUCGGAGUCGGUGGCUCUGGGGAUGUUUGUGUCUCAACUGAGCCAAGGGCCGUGGGAAGGAAAGGUGGUGAGUCACACCCAAAACCCUCAGCUGCAUUUGGUACGAGGCGAAGAUCUCAAGUCCAAGUUCAGCUUUAUGCACAGUUUGGAGGAGCGUCAGGACUGGGAGGUUGAUCUGGGGAAGGUGUAUGAUUUGAUUCUGGAAGUGGCGGUGAAUGAGAAUGUGAAGGCAGAGCAGAUGGUGAGGAAAGUCUUUGUGUUCACCUGCUUCAAACACUUCCGUAACGGCUGCUGGAAGCCUCGUGGCGGAGAUUAUGAGGAAAUACAGAGGAAGUUUGAGGAGAAGGGGUAUGCCGUGCCGCACUUGGUGAUUUGGAAUCUCCUCAGUGUGCUGUAUGCGCCACUGCGUACCGGAGAGCCAGGGGUGACGUUGUUGGGUGGUUUCUCCGACGCAAUGCUCAAGUCCUUCUUGGAGAAUGACGGUGAACUUAGCCCCGAGCAGGUCAUGGAAUUAGCCAUCUCUCCCCAAAGCUAUCAAACUCUGGCUGUCUUCGACUGA